CCGCGGCGAGCGCCGCAGGUGCCACUCCGGAGCGGAAGCGCGCUCGCCGGGUUUGCUGUCACACGGGGCUAGAGUUUCCCCGGCUGGCGCAGCCGGGCGGAUUCGCGGGCACGUCUCCUCCCCGCCCCGGCCGCGUAGCCGCGUGCCCGUCCCCGCGGCGGCCCCAGCCCCGAGGGCGCCCGGCACCCACCCGCGAAAGGGGUCGGACCUGCGCGCGGCCUGGCAGCAGGACUGUCUUCGUGGGAAUUCAGCUACCUACGCAAGCAAUAUGAAGAUUUUAUUUGUAGAACCUGCCAUUUUCCUUAAUGCGUUUGCUCUAGCCUUGACCACUCCACUGACAACACAAUAUGUUUAUAGGAGAAUAUGGGAAGAAACAAGCAACUACAGUUUUUCAUUUGAUAGCAAUAUUUCUGAGUGUGACAAAAACAAAAGCAGCCCGUUUUUUGCAUUCCAGGAGGAAGUUCAGAGAAAAGCAUCUCUUUUUGGUCUGCAGAUGGACAUAAGUGGGUUAAUUCCUGGUCUAAUGUCUACGUUCAUACUUUUGUCUAAUAGUGAUCACUAUGGACGAAAACUCCCCAUGAUUUUGUCUUCUGUUGGUGGUCUUGCAACCAGCAUUUGGCUCUGUUUGCUUUGCUAUUUUGCCUUUCCAUUCCAGCUUUUGAUUGCAUCUACCUUCAUUGGUGCAUUUUGUGGCAAUUUUACCACAUUUUUUGGAGCCUCCCUUGCCUAUAUAGUCGACCAGUGUAAAGAACACAAACAAAAAACAAUUCGAAUAGCUAUAGUUGACUUUAUACUUGGAGUUGUUACUGGACUAACAGGACUGUCAUCUGGCUAUUUUAUUAGAGAACUAGGUUUUGUGUGGUCGUUUUUCAUUAUUGCUGUGGCUGUUGCUGUUAACUUGAUCUAUAUUUCGUUUUUUCUUAGUGAUCCAAUGAAAGAGUCUUCAUCUCAGAAUGUUACUAUGACAUGUGGUGAAGGCUUUAAAAACCUAUUUUACCGAACUUACAUGCUUUUUAAAAAUGCUUCUGGUACGCAACGGUAUGUGCUCUGUUUGUUGCUUUUUACGGUGAUGACUUAUUAUUUCAUGGUCAUUGGCAUUUCCCCAGUUUUUAUCCUUUAUGAAUUGAAUUCACCGCUCUGCUGGAAUGAAGUUUUUAUAGGUUAUGGGUCAGCUUUGGGCAGUGCCACUUUUUUGAGUAGCUUCCUAGGAAUAUGGUUUUUUUCGUAUUGUAUGGAAGAUAUUCAUAUGGCCUUCAUUGGGAUUGUUACCACCAUGGCAGGAAUGGCUAUCACUGCUUUUGCCAGGACAACACUGAUGAUGUUUCUCGCCAGGAUACCAUUCCUUUUCGUUAUUGUGCCGCUGUCUGUUCUACGCUCCAUGUUGUCAAAAGUGGUUCGUUCUACUGAACAAGGUACCCUGUUUGCUUGUAUUGCUUUCUUAGAAACACUUGGCGGAGUCGCUGCAGUUUCUAUUUUUAACGGAAUUUAUUCGGCCACUGUAGCUUGGUACCCCGGCUUCAUUUUCCUGCUGUCUGCCGGUCUAUUGCUAAUUCCCGCGAUCAGUCUGUGUGUUGUCAAGUGCACCGGCUGGAACGAGGGCAGCUAUGGACAUCUUAUACAGGAGGAACCGAGUGAAGAUGCUUCAGACAGAUGAUUGGGAUCUUUUAAAACAAAGCCAUCAAUACACAUAUCAUCUACUGUGAUUCUGAAGACUGUAAACUAGCUCCACAAUCAGUGCUUCAUCAAUAAUCAAUGUGACACACCCUU